AUGGAGUCCAACCUGUCGUGCCUGUCUUCGCUGAAAGACGACAACACUCCUGUUUACAUCCAGCCUCACUAUAAAGAAACCUACCGCCUGGCCAUCUACGCCCUCCUCUGUGGAGGCAAAGAGGCCUACGAGGAGUUCCUCCAAGCCGAGCAGAUCAGCCACUUUCUGUCCGAGGAGGAGAUCCUGUUCAUUUUGGCCAAUGCAGAGCUACCUGUGGUGGAGGAAGAUGACUCCUCGGAGGAGAAACGGGCCACAGAAGAGGCCAGCCCCUCCACCUACUUCCCAACCGAGUCAGAUGAGGAGGUGCCUGACUUGGACCUGGGCUGGCCCGAGGUCUCUCUGGAGGCCGUGGACACCAACAUCAGCCUGCUGUUCCACCCGCCCCGAGAGAACACGCCGACCAUUAAAGAAGUGGUCCGCAAGCAGAUACAGGAGGCGAGGCAGGUUAUCGCCAUAGCGAUGGACGUGUUCACUGACGUGGAUAUUUUCAAAGAGCUGAUCACAGCCACACUGAGGGGAGUGGUCGUCUACAUCCUGCUGGAUCAUUCCCAGUUCAAGAGCUUCCUCACCAUGUCACGCAUGGUGGGCGUCAACAUCCAAGACCUCAAGAAUAUCCGUGUUCGGACAGUUCAGGGACCACAGUAUCGAUGCCAGUCCGGGGUGAAGUUUCAUGGAGAUCUGGAGCAGAGAUUUAUUCUGGUGGACUGCAGGACAGUGUUGCAUGGAACAUACAGCUACACGUGGUCAUUUGAGAAGAUCAACAUCAGCAUGGUCCUGGUGAUCACAGGUCAGCUGGUUUGCUCCUACGACGAGGAGUUUCGAAGACUGUACGCUCGCUCCACGGUGCCUGCCAUCCUGUCCGCAGAGGGGACGCCUGUGCAGUACCUGAGAGACACUGUGGGCUUACAGAGCCCAAAUUCAAGCCAGCUUUCCCUUCACCAGAUUCACAUGCGACCCAAAGUGAUGCAAGGCAUGAAGAACGCUCAGGACGACCGGUUCAACAUGAUGACCAGGGGCCAGAGCGUGCAGGAGAGGCUGCACCAGUCUCACUGUCUGGACAUGGGGAACCUGGUGCGGGGGCACAGUUACGGCGGAGAGCUGCAGAUGUUAAACUCCUUGACUCGGCUCAGGAUGGGGACCAAGGACUUUGGAGCCCCUUUUCCUCCUGAGAAGACUGGAGCCAACCUGAGGGGGGACCUGCACCUCACAAACAGGCUGAGUCAGCAGCACCUGAGGCACCGGGCUCGCUACGGAGCAGACCAGAACCUGAUCCCCUUCAACUCCGAGACGUCGCUCCAUAGGUGGAAGAUGGAUGCCUACUUUAACGAUGGCGACAUGGACGCAUCGUGCGAUGCUAUAUCCCCGCUGGCUUCCCCGUACAGCAGUCACACGGGCUUAAACGAGCACCAGUCGCAGCUGAUCCACAACAGGUCGAGGGACAUUAAGCUCAGGAUGGAAGAAAUGAGACAGAAGAGGCUCAGUCUGCAGGAUUAUGCCAACUACAGGCAGAGCCAAGAGUCCUUGAGGUAUCAGACUCUGGACAGGACCAAAUAUAUGUCUCCACUAAGAGGCCUGGACGUGAGGCAGAGUGCGGCAGAGUUAGAGUCAAAUAAACGAAACGGUCAUGGCCCGGAACAAACCACGGCCGACCAGAAAGUCAGCGAGACAAAAAAAGAAGGCGAUAAAAGACAGCUACCUCUGACUGACGGCCAGCGAUCCACCUCUCACUACGAUGUCGCAGUGGCUCCAAAGACAACACCCACGUACAACUGGCACGAGCCUCUCUCCAGGACAAUCUCUGCCGCCGAGUUAGAUAUGAAAAUGAACGACCCAUCGCUCAAGCUCGCUCACCUGCAGUCCAGCGGGCUCCAACACCCGAGAGCCAUGGAGUCUUUGACCCAGAUCCCCGAAGAGAAGGAAGGCUCCCGUGUCAACAGCUCAGACGCAUUCAAAGAAGCAAACAAGGACAUUAAAAACGACGAGAAGCCUGUUCCAAAGGAGAACUCUGUUAAGGCCAGCUCACCUGCAGAACCACCGCUGCGCCAGGACAAAGUCGAAGGAAGCUCCGGGUCUAUAGGUAAGGUGGCCAACAGCUCUGGCUCAGCUGCUCCAAGAGAGAGAAAGAAAUCAACAUCCAGUGAGGUGCAAACUGUCCCGAAGACUUUGAACACUUCUGCAGGAUCUCAGCAUGCAGCAGAAGCGAAGAGCAGUCAUUCCGAGAAAAAGCAAACACAGCGUGAGGAGCCACCGCUGCAAAGGAAGAACUCCUUGAGAAUGAAAGUUUAUUCAAAGCUUUCGUCAGACGAAAAGAAAGCUUCCAAGAAAGAGGAGAAGUCGCUCCAGAGAAGGGCCUCGCUGAGAUCGCAGAGUUCUUCAGGAUCAAAAGCAGAGCAUUCACGUGCACCUGCUGCAGAGCAAACAGCAAAGAAAGGUCACUCGCCCUGCAGCUCCAGGCCUCAGAGCUCGCUCGGGAGUCAACCAGAGACAGAGAAGCAUAAAUCUCCGUUCCUGAGAUUAACUCCUCAGCGCUUAAGCAAAAAGAAGACGAACCCGGCAGCGGAGCAGGACCGAGACUCGAGGAGCACUCUGGAGGACGAGGGAGUGACCGUCCAUCACACCAGGAGAGAGAAAGCCUACAGUCGAUUUGAAUAUCUCCUCAACACCGACAGUAUUCCUCUGGAUAAAUCCAUGUAUCCCACAGAGAAGGACAGAAGCUCUUCCCUCAACAGGAACGACUCUGGAUAUCCAAGUUAUCAGACACAGAGUGGCACGGACAACAAACUGGGUAGAUUCAUGCAGCGGGUUGGAAAUCUAAUAGGCAAGAAGUAGAAGUUGAAUUACAGGGAGAGAAGAAGCACGAUCAGCAGGAUUAUGAAAAAACUGCAGCCAUAACAGUUCAUGAACUGGGUGGAAGCGUGCAGCAUGGACCAAUAAUGGAGGGGAUACAGUAAUUAUUUUUCACUCUUAACAUUACAAGGUAACGAUGGCCUUGGUGGAGGUCUGCACUCUCUGAGACCCCUUAUAGUUACUGAUUUAUCAUGGCCCACACACUGAGACACAGGCUAUGUUCAGACUGCAGACAAAAGUGUCCCAGAUCCAUCCACACACACACACACACACACACACACACACACACACACACACACACCUCCGUACAGACAUAGCAGCUAUCGCUCCACAAAAAAAAUGUUUUGCUCUCUUUCUCCUCACUCUCUUUCGGUCACUUCAGGAUCGUGAAUAGGUCACACUAGAAUCUGAUAUAGGCCACGAAAGAUAAAAUAAUAAAAUAAUGUCAACAGACAAACAAAAAAAUUGGAUCUAAGCAAAUCAUCACAACUGACCUGCAGUGUGAACAGAGCCAUAGAUACUGUAAAAAAAAAAAAAGCAGAUUAUUGGAAAAGAAUGGUGCAUCGAUUAAAGCCAGAAGUGUAAGAGAAACAG